UGUGUUUGCGAUGAGAGUAAUAGUGUUGUCGUGAAUACGAGUUCGGGUGGAGUGAGGGGACAGACACUGAAUGUUGUGAAUCACUUCAUCAAUCAAUUCUUGAAUAUACCUUAUGCUGAGCCCCCGGUGGGCCCACGAAGGUUCAGUCCACCACAACCACUCCAGACACCUAAACAAGAUAUUAUUGAUGGCCAAAAACCAGGAAAUUCUUGCAUUCAAGACACAACACUGUUUGCAUCGAUGGGUGUAGUAUUCAAGACAAGUGAAGAUUGUUUAGCUCUCAAUAUAUGGACACCAUUUGUGAACAAUAAUAAGCAAACAAAACAAGAGUUAAAACCCGUUAUGUUUUACAUCCACGGGGGAGCACUUAGUAUUGGAUCAAGUUUUCAAGAUAAUCUUAAUGGAGGUGUUUUGGCCACCAAUGAUGUGGUCAUUGUUUCCGUUAACUAUAGACUCGGACCCUUAGGUUUCCUAUACGGUGGCGAUGAUACCAGUCCUGGAAAUCUUGGCUUUUAUGACCAGUUAUUAGCUCUUAAAUGGGUUAGAGAAAACAUACAUUUAUUUGGUGGGGAUAAGGAUGAAAUUACUAUAAUUGGUUGUAGCGCCGGUAGUUGGUCCGUAUCGGCACAUGUAUUGUCUCCCUUAUCUAAGGGUCUGUUUAAGAGGGCUAUUAUGGAGAGCGGAUCCGUUUUGUAUAAUAAGGACAGACCGGCGCUCAGUACUGUUGAGAGCCUCCAAAGGGCUAAGAAUUUGGCAAAAAGUCUUAAUUGCGAUGAAUAUGACUACAAAUGGUUGGACUGUUUGCGAGCCAUUGAUGACCCAAACCUUUUCAUAGAGUUUCCCAUAAAUGGAAAUAUGAUUGAAUUCACUCACGCAGUGUUUGGCACUCAAUUCCUACCCGUUUUACCACAAAAAGCAUUUAAAACUAAUUUAUAUAAUAAUGACAUUGAGUUAAUGGUUGGUGUGGCUAAAGAUGAGGGACCGGUGCUAACAAUGUGUCUUUUCCCCGAAAUGAGAGCACCGGGACUAACGGUUCAGGUGUUUAAAGAAUUAGUGAAGAGAUUGAGUGAUGAAUAUCGGAAUAUAGAUGUGGAGGAAGUGUCCGAUUAUUAUCUUAAAACUAUUGACACAACAAAUGAGUCCCAAUUGAAGGGAGCGUUUAAUGCACUCUAUGGGGAUCUGGUGAUGACGUGCCCCUCCUAUCACUUCGCCAAACAAUUUGCCAAAAGUGGACAAAAUAGUAAUUUCUAUGCGGAUAUGGGUUUCACAAUAUGUUCGGGCGAUACCAUAUGUCACGGCGCAGAAGUCCCUUACGUUUUCGGUGCACCACUUGUGGCUCAAAAUCAAUUCACAGAAACUGAUUAUGACUUCAGUAUUGAGAUUAUGAACAGUUUUACAGAUUUUGCCAAAAAUCGCAAACCACACAAUGUUUGGCCGAAACUAAUAGACAUUUCGGACGCGAAUUCAGUGCCAAAAGUGAAAGACUUGAAUCCCAACGAUAUGUCACUUGUUUUGGACAAUCCUUACGGAAAUGUUCAGGAAAUAUGUGCUCCAAAUGCCAUCACAUGUGCGGUGAAAGGGAUCACUCAAUACGAGUGUCAUAUUUGUCGGGUCCAGACCUUUCACAAGGGGAACGCCAUCCACGCCAUCGUUAUUCAG